AGCAGUAAUCGAUGUGCAACCUAUAUAUCUUUAAUUGUGGCUGUACACCGUAUAGGUAUCACCCAUACAUUACUCUAUAGUAUCACCAUAUCCAUGUUGUUAACAAUAUGGUAGUUCUGUGAUUAUCCAUCAAUUGAUAAUUUAUAUCAGGAUUAGAUAUCCUCAAGGGUUUUGCGUUUGUUUAGUAAAAUAUUAUAUGCAAGUACUUGUAAAAAUUACAUUAUUACAUUUUAAUAUGUCUUUUAAUUUGUACGCUAACAAUGUUAGUUUUUUGGGCAUUAAAAAUGUAUUGAAGUUUCAGUUGCAUUCAAAAUGCAUACACAAAUCUGUCUCAGCUAGAAAAAUGUCACCACAAGAAGUAACUACUAUUCUUAGCUCUAAGGAACAUAUACAUGAAUUUGAACCGAGUUUCGGUUCUAUCAAAGCCUAUGAAACAAAUCAACUGGAGUCAAACUCUCCAAUAGAAGAUGCUCGUGCUGAAGCAAAAUGUCUUUUAACAUCUGGUAUGCUGUUUGGAGUGUUUGAUGGUCAUGGCGGUGCUAGCUGUUCACAUGUGAUAACUAAACGGUUAUUUGAUUACAUAUGUGUAAGUCUUUUGCCUAAGCCACUUCUUUUAGAAUAUCUGGAAUCUGGGAAACAGCUUGUUGAAAUGCGUAAUGAAACAUUUGAUUUAGUUUCUGAAUUAAAAACCAUUUAUGCUCAAAGUCUUAAAUCAUACGUACUUAAAAUAAUUAAUGAGGGUCAAGAACAUCAAUUUAAAAUGAAAGAUGCAUUGGAAAAGGCAUUUUUGCAAUUAGAUGAAGACAUGAUGACUGAAGCAAGAUUAAAAACUAAUACUGAAGUUGAUAAUUUAACAUUGAAUGUAGGACUAUCUGGAUCAGUAGCAUGUGUUGCUCAUAUUGAUGGACCUCAUUUACAUAUUGCUUCAACUGGUGAUUGCUUAGCAGUAGUUGGAGUAUAUACAGAUGACGAAACAUGGAUGGCUAAGGUUAUGGUUGAGGAACAUAACACUGAUAAUUUACAAGAAUUAAAUCGAGUAAUAUCUGAACAUCCAUCCAAUGAAAAAGAUACUGUAAUAAAAUAUGAAAGGCUUCUUGGUCAGCUAGCACCAUUAAGAGCAUUUGGAGAUUUAAGAUAUAAAUGGUCUAGAGAGAUGUUAUUGGAACAUAUUGUACCAAAGAUUGGAGAAAAUGCUAUACCACCAUUUUACUACACACCUCCAUAUUUAACUGCUAAACCUCAAGUUGCACAUCAUCAUCUUCAACCAAGAGAUAAAUUUCUUGUACUUGCUACUGAUGGUCUAUGGGAUUUUAUGACUCCAUUACAAGUUGUUCGUUUGGUUGGAGAACAUAUGAGUGGAAAAAUCACUUUGACACCACUCAAGUUGCCUAGAAAUAAUAUGAAACUUAGUGAAAUAAAUAACUUACUUUUACAAAGGCGAGAUAGUUUAAAACGAAAACCAGUAGAUGCAAAUGCAUGUACACAUUUAAUACGCAAUGCUUUAGGGGGUACUGAAUAUGGCGUUGAGCAUGCUAAGUUAUCUCAUUUACUUAACUUGCCAAAAAAUAUUUCUAGGUCAUUUAGAGAUGAUAUUUCUAUUACUAUUAUUUAUUUUAAUACAGAGUACUUAAGACAUCCUCAACCUUAGUACAGUGAUUUCUAUCAAAAAUAAUUUCCUAAAUGGUUCAAAUAUGUUGUAUA